CGGGACGGAAGGGACAUGGGGAAGGACCAGGAGCUGCUCCAGGCCGUCAAGACCGAGGACCUGCUGACAGCUCAGCGGCUUCUACAGAGACCUCGGCCGGGGAAAGCCAAGCUUCUAGGAGCAGCAAAGCGUGUGAAUGUUAACAUCCAGGAUGCAGAUGGGUUGUCGCCGAUGCACCAUGCUGCUCUGAGUGGUAACAAGGAGCUGAUCUCACUGCUGUUGGAGGCCCAGGCAGCAGUGGACAUUAAGGACCAUAAAGGGAUGCGUCCUCUGCAUUACGCUGCAUGGCAGGGGAAGACUGAACCAAUGAAAAUGCUGCUGAAGGCUGGCUCAUCAGUCAAUGGACAGUCAGAUGAAGGACAGAUCCCUCUGCACCUAUCAGCUCAGCAUGGACACUACGAUGGGUCGGAGAUGUUGCUACAACACCAGUCCAACCCGUGUAUCUCAGACUCAGCUGGGAAAACUCCAUUGGACCUCGCCUGUGAAUUCGGACGUGUGGGAGUGGUCCAGCUCCUGCUCAGCAGUAACAUGUGUGCAGCAAUGCUGGAGCCAAAACCCUCCGACCCCAACGGAGUGUCACCUCUCCAUCUCGCAGCCAAGAACGGACACAUAGAUGUCAUACGGUUGCUGAUUCAGGCUGGUAUAGAUAUCAACAGACAGUCCGAGUCUGGGACAGCACUACAUCAGGCUGCCCUCUGUGGGAAGACAGAGGUAGUACGCCUGCUACUGGAUAGUGGCAUCAGUGCAGGAGUGAGGAACACCCUGAGUCAAACUGCUCUGGACAUUGUUAACCAGUUCACCACCACACAGGCCAGCCGAGAGAUCAAGCAGCUACUGAGAGAUGCUUCAGCUGCGAUGCAGGUACGAGCACUGAAGGAUUACUGCAACAACUACGAUCUAACCAGCCUCAACAUCAAAGCUGGAGACAUUAUUACGGUUUUGGAGCAGCACUCUGACGGCCGAUGGAAAGGCUGUAUUCAUGACAACCGCACAGGAAAUGACCGGGUGGGGUAUUUCCCCUCCAACAUGGUGGAAGUCAUCAAGAGGGCAGGUGACCACCCACAUCACAGCGGUCACUCCCCCUCCCAGCAGUGCCACACCCUCCUGCUCCGCAGGCCCAACCCCUGUCCCAUUGCCUCGGUCAACGGACAUUCAUACCCCCCCACCAAAGUCCUCCCUCUGCAUCUGCCUCCCCCUCCAUCCCCUCACCCCAGCACACAGUCCCUACCUCGGUUCUCCUCCUUUGGGUACGUUCCACUUCCCAUUUCUCCUCCUUCUCUCUCGACUCCUCCUCUGUCCACUCCUCCUCCUCCUCCUCCUCCUCCUCCUCCUCCUCCUCCUCCUCUCUCCACUUCUCAGGAGCAGCAAAGUCAGACAGGUUCACGAACUGCCGAGUUGAGUCCUCAAGGCUCUCCCACUUUGGGCCAUCAGAGCAGCACCAGUGAGGAUAUCUGGGUGCUACGCAAACCACUCUCAGGUGGUGAACGCAGUGGCAGUGUGGGAAGCAUUGGCAGUGCUCGGUCAUCAAGCAGCCUGCAGAGCUCUGGGAACACACAUGUUCUCACCACACCUGCACCCAGUCCACACCCGGCACCCACACCAGGAGUCAACACACACGGCCUUAACGCUCCAGGCCUGAACGCACAAGCUGAAGGGGUCAAGCUCCUGGCCACCGUGCUGUCCCAGUCAGUAAAAGCCAAAGAGCAUCUCUUGGAGCAGUCGCAGUCUGUUGAGCAGUCAGCGAGCUCCGCCAGUUCCACAGUUCAUGAACAGCGGUCAUUUGAGCGCAAGGCAGAGGAGGAUGAUGGGAAAAAGCAGGCAGUAGUGGCGUGGCUGGGUGAGUUUCAGCUGCAGUUCUACACCACCCACUUCCUCACCGCGGGAUAUGAUCUAGACACCAUUAGCCGCAUGACCCCUGAGGACCUGACAGGGAUUGGGGUCAUGAAGCCUGGGCAUCGGAAGAAGUUAACAUCAGAGAUCAGCAAGCUGCCCUCCACAGACUGGCUGCCAGACCACAAGCCUGCCAAUCUAGCAGACUGGCUGUCUCACCUGGGUCUUAGUCAGUACUACCAGGUUCUGGUGCAGAAUGGGUAUGAAAAUAUUGACUUCAUCUCUGACAUCAGCCUCGAGGAUCUGCAAGAGAUUGGCAUUACUAAGCUUGGCCAUCAGAAGAAGCUGAUGUUGGGAGUGAGGAGACUGAAAGAGCUACAGAGAGGAGAAAGUGGCUUGGAGCCUCCUCAGAGCCCCUCUACACCUCCGUCCAGCCCAGGAGGCAGCUCAGAGCCGAGGAGGGAGGCGAGGAUGCAGAGGGACGGUGCACCCAGCCCCCUAGCCAAACCUCGCCCAGGUCUCAAUCUUUCACAGACCCCUCCCCACACACCGACGCAAACUCCACCACAAACCCCACCACAUGCUCGCACCCAGCAGGCCUCCCCCAGGGCUCGGCCGCGUCCCUCCACCCAGAUGGCAGCAGUGGAUUCAUCGGUGCCGCUGCUCCGCCUGCCCAGUGAGGAGGAAGACCGACGGAGAACUCACAGUCUAACUGGCUCAGAAACAGACUCUAGAUACGCCACUGUGUGCCGCAGCAGCUCCUCACGUACUGCCGCCCCUAAUGAUGUCACUGUUAACCGCAGCCAAUCAUCUGUCACACUCCGUCCCCGCCGAAAAGGUCGGCCCCCGACGCCACCUAAACGGUCCUGUUCUUCCAUUACCGGGGGUGAUGGGGAAGGAGAAGGACAGGGGGAGGGGCUCCUAGGGCUGCCAACCUAUCGUGAACGGCGAGCCAGUGACUGUGGCAGCCUGGGAUCAGCUCUAAGAGCUCAGGACUCAGCGGGCCUGGAGAGAUCAGAGGGGGCUUCUGGGAGUGUGCGCAGCCUUGCCGCCAUGCUGGAGACAACCAUUGUGGGUGGAGCCAAAACCCUGCCAAGGAAUCUGGGAAGCAGCACCAGCUACCUGCAGGUGAGUCCGCCUAUGCUUCGUCGCCAGACUGGCGCAGGUGGACUUGGAUCUGAGGAGGAUGAUGUCCUAAGUCGACGCAGGACCAUCAGUGGACUAGAGGGCCUUCCUGGUGAUCAGACUGGCCUUCCACCCCGUCAACCAGCCCAGAAACGUCCAGAGCCUCGGCCCCGCUCCAUUGUCGUCACCUCGACAACAGAAAUUACAGAUGGUACAGCAACACUCCGGAGGAAGGCUCGUCCUCUGGCGACAGACUCCGAAGCAUCUGCGAACGUGUCCACCACUGUUGUCACCAUGACAACUGGUUCUGACACCAUACGCAGGAGACCACGCACAUCUGAGCACUCAGAAAUUGUCAGCCAAAGCAAUAACCAAUCAGACUCUCCCAGCAGUCAAACAGAUGGCGGCUGGAAAAACGGAGGCGAGCCGCAGCAGAACGGCGGCGUGGUCCUGAGGCGGAGGCCGGUGUCUGAGGUCUCUGAUAGGACAGAGGCCAGCAGGGAGAGCUGUGAGUGGAUGGAGGCCAGGAAAUCUCUGAAGCCACCUGUCUCACCCAAACCAUCCACAGUCACCCUGAAGAAGGCACCAGCUGAUCCCCCAACCCCGACUCGCAGGGUCCCCAUACCUGGUCCUGAUAAUACUGAUACAGCACAGAGCCCAGAUCCGAAGCGUGUCCCUCCUCCUGUGUCCCCGAAACCCCGCGGACCUCCAACAGCACCCAAACCAGGCAAAACAAUAGUAACUUCAGCUACCAUGAGCCCAAGUCCAGUUGCUACCAGCCCAGCUGAAGCUAGCCCUACUCCAGCCACCAAACCCAUCCCCUCUCCGCUCCCUGCCACCCCUCUUCCAGCCCCCGACACUCCCUCUGCUCCCUCCCUCUCUCCGGGACUCCCUCUUACCUCCCCUUCUCCAGCCCAGAGUCCCUCCACCCCCUCGCCCCACCCUGUCAAACCCCCUCGCUCUUCCAUCGCUGGCCUCUCCAUUGAUCUGCUGGGAGGACGGGAGGUCGAGGAGGAAGAGGAAAGGAGGAGAGAAGAAGAGGAGAGGAGGAGAGAGAGGGAGCAAAAGAAGCACAAAGAGCAGGAGGAGGAGGAGAGGAAGAGAGCAGAGGAAGAGAACCUAAGGAGGGAAGGAGCGACAGAAGAGGUGGAGAGUCAAGUAAAGGAAGAAGAGCAGGUGGAGGAAGUGGAGGAGGAGUCGCAGCAUCGUUUGGAGGAGACCAACGCCUCCUUGGCUGCAGCUUUGCAGGAAGUAGAACAUAAAAUGAAAAACGAGGAAGCACAAAAUGACUCUCUUUCCAGCAAAAAGACGACCGUCUCCAUCUUGGACGACAUCGGCAGCAUGUUUGACGACUUGGCAGACCAACUGGAUGCAAUGCUCGACUGAUCUCCUGCCCAAGUCUCAUUUCCAACAAGCCCUUUCCCUCUCCCCGAUCAUGUGUAGGUGUAUCAAGAAAAACUCUCCCAACGCUGCUUGCUGGCGCUCUGAGUGUGUGCGUGUGUGUUUGAGCGGGCUUGUCCCUCCUGCGCGAGCACUUCUCAUGUAGCCUUGUACAGUGUACUGAAGAGGGGGUCCUCUCCGUCUGGUGCAGUAGCUCUAGUGCACCUCCCGAUGCGAGGAGGCUGCUCCCACACAACCUGUGACCUCUGCAGCCCAGCGAGUUAUCGCCCAGCCUCAGACGGCUGUGUGGACCGAGAAGCACAAUCAUUUUCCUCAUUGUUUUAUCUCUACAGACUCUGACUAGGACAGAGACGCUUACUCAGUCAGACAGGAAGACAGAUAAGCAUAUUGCUUGCAAAAAUAAGCACAUACACUGACUGACUGACUGACAGGCAGACAAACAGACAGGCAGAUAGAUAGAUAGGUAGAUAGAUAAGAUGCAUACAGAUGAGAUACCAGAGAGAAUUUUUAAAAAGCACAUGGAAAGACAGGCCGCUUUCUGAGUCUGUCUCACUCCUGCGAUGUCAAACGGAUGCAUUUUUCCAGAUGAAUCGUAGCCUCUAUUUCUCUUCUGUAUGAGUGGAGGAUUGUGGUUAGCCGGACUUCCUGCCCUGUGUGUCGUCUCUGUUCACGUUGUUGUUGUUGCUGUUGUUGUGUUAUUGUUGCCGUUGUUGUCGUUACGAGUGUGUGUAGUCCCUGCUGAUGCUCAUGUCAAUGUCCUCCCACUCGUACAGUAGUUAUCCUAAAGAUCAGAACGACGAUAUAGAUGUGUGUCCAUGAGUUUUGAAACACUCACACACACGCGCGCACACAAACACACACAUACUCUCUCUUGCACACAAACACAAACACCAACACAAACACACACACACACACACACACACACACACACACACAGACGCACACACACACACACACAUUCAUAUUACAUUGGUUUUAAUCUUGCUGGUGUUCUGCUUUGUUGGUGUUUAGCUCCAUCUAUGGAGGUUUGCUUGGAAAUGAAUCUACACACACAUCACACUUACACACACAUACACACAAAUACACACACACAUCACACAUGCAAAGACACAUAUAUAUACAAGCACACUCAUGCGGUGUAUCCCUUUUGUCCUGCUGCAGUGAACAGUGUUUUUAAAAGAUAAUCCUAUAUUUCAAUGCUUUAUAUAGUAUAUCCAGUAUACAUACAUAGAGUUUAUAAUAUAUCUGGGUAUUUGAGCUGUUAGAGCUCCCUCUAGUGUUGGUUAGUGAAACUGCCUCUAAUCUGCCCACCUUCCAUCUUGUCUUCCCCCCUUUUUAUCUCCCUCUGUGUCUGUUUUGUUAACUCUGCAUCUCUCUGUGCCUUGGUAGUGUUCUUUCAUAUAUUCAAAAUUACUUUUUUUUGGUCUUUUUUUUUCUUGCUUUCCACUCAAAAAUGUUUAACGGUUUCUGUUUCCUUAUGAACUCGCGCUCCUCGUGUGUCCGUGAUGUCAAAAGUAGCUUUUUUUGGUUGUGAGUCCUAUAUGAUCCCUUAAAUCAGUCGCCCUGUCUGCAGUCCUUCUGUAACCAUUGAGAAGCCUCAUACGAGCCCAUAUAAGCCGCCCCUGUAAGCUGUAAUAAAUUGGCUCCGCUUCUCCUCGGCUCCCCAGUUUUCAGUGGUCCCCCCCAUGUAGGCCAGAUAGUGGGUCAACCACAAAGUGUUCAUCCUGAUGAAGAGUCCACUUUUAUUUUUAUGCUCUUUGAAAAAUAAAGAUAUAUUUGAGAGACAGAUGGUUCUAUGUGAAUAAUGACGAUAUUAAUUAUAAACAUUGACUGGAGGUGAGCUGAUUGAGCCUGUACAUUUAUGGUUGAAUUCUGGAUGUGUUGUGACGGCUGUUGUGCCAUGGUUGGGUUUAGGUUGUGUUUCUGCUGUGACGAUGCA